CAUGUACCCAUCAUUAGGCAUUAUGCAUCUCACAGCGACACUACUGUCAUUUGCUCUCUUUUCAACUUCUCUUAGCCAGAGCUCACAUCGCUCGCCUACCCUUGGUGUUCCCAAGGAGAAAUUGUCAUCCUAUGUUCCAAUAGCUGGGUCGAACCCUCCGCAAUGGCGAUGCCUUGAUGGAACGGGUGAUCUUCUUCCCUUCUCGGCCGUCAAUGACGACUACUGUGACUGCGAAGAUGGCAGCGAUGAACCAGGUACAAGUGCGUGCAAAGGCGGCUCAUUCCACUGCGUCAACGAAGGCCAUCUACCCAAAGACAUCCCCAACAUCAGGGUUAAUGACGGACUUUGCGACUCUGAUUGUUGCGAUGGAUCAGACGAGGCGCCGGGUGUCUGCCCCAAUCGAUGUGCUGAGCUCGGUGAGGCGUACAGAAAAACACUCGAGCAAGAGCGCAAGCUUAGGAGAACCGGAUCCAAAAUCCGUUCUACUUACGUGGCAUAUGCAAAGAAGGAGAAGACGAGGCUCGAACAGGACCUCAUCAAGGGCCGGGAGGCGGUCGAUAAGGCCAUCCUGGAAGAAAAGCGUUUGAAAGCUCUUUUAGAUCGUGCAGAAUCUACAUCAGCCGAAGCUUUGGAAUACAAGUUGCAGUCACCGCUUUACGACUCCUUGCUGGCCCAUUCUUCCGCCGUGAAAACUCUCGUGAACAAAGUGGCCGAUCUUGAAACCAAAAUAGUCACGCUGAAGUCAAUUCUUGAAGACCUUGAGAAAGGUCACAACCCUAACUAUCAAGACAUGGCAGUUCGUGGUGCCAUCAAGGGAUACCAAGCUUUCCUCGAGAAGGAAAAGAUCACGGCAUCUGAGACAGAGGAGGAAAGUCCGGAGGAGGCUGUUAAAGAAGAGGAUAUGGACAAAUGGACUGCGGAGGAGCUCAAGCGUCUCGGACAAUCGGAUUUAACUGAACUUCUUCUGGAGCAUGAACACCAUCUCGCUGGCUUUGGCAAGUCGGAUGAUUCUAUUCUUUUCUCAAUUGAGCACUAUCUUCCGGAGGCCUGGUUGCCUUACUAUCAUGAAACCAAGAACAUUGUCGUCAGUUGGAUGGUCCGGCUUGGUGUGGUUAAAGGGGUGCUGGACUCUUCCGACUCCGAUGAAGUAAAACAUGCUCGCGCCGCGCACGCCAAUGCUCAGAGCGUCACUAGGGAAGCAGAAAAAAGGCUCCAAGAUGAUGAAGACUUGCUGUACGAUCUUGGGGGUUUUUAUGGACCUGACGGGGAAUGGUUGAAGCUGAAGGAUACAUGUAUCGAGAAGAAUACCGGAGAGUACACUUAUUCGGGCUGCUUCUUUGGACAGGCCACCCAGAAAGGCAACAAUGGCGGUGGUGUCCACAAUCUUGGGCGCUUCUCAGAUUGGAACGCUGAUGCCAAAGAAGGAACGAUGGAAUAUUACUCCUCUCAAAUGUAUGAGCAUGGUGCCAGGUGCUGGAACGGCCCGGAGCGGAGUGUGAAGCUCGUUCUCACAUGCGGGACGGAAAAUGCGCUUCUCUCGGUCGCAGAACCUGAGAAGUGCGAAUACAUGUUCGAAGCAACCACCCCUGCUCUAUGCUGGCCAUUGGAGACCGAGGCGCAAACGAAAGAUGAGCUGUAGAGACAGAUAUAGAAUUAGCGCUAUAGCAU